GCGAAGAUGGACAAUGCGGGCGCUGCCCUCGCUGCUUUCUUCAACGAGGUUACGUGCCCUGAGUUCAAGAUCGACAACUUGCCUACGAUGAUGGACUGGCUGACCAAGGCGGAAGACCCUCAAUCUACCCUUCUUCGGAUGCCAGAGGAUGCUCGCGCGAAGAUGCUCUCGGACUACGAAAUCCAGAUGAACGAGUUCGCCUCGCAGUUGUGGACCCUCUUGUUGAAUCUGUGCCAUAGCUGGCUCGGGAAGACUGUGCUUAAGGAGGGAUUCAAGGCUGCCAAGCUCGAGGGCUCCUACUUCGAGACCGUCAAUGUUUCCGGGUACGGCAAGAAGUGCUCUGGGAGGAUGGCCAACAUGUCGCGGGCACGCUUUGCUUCAGUUGAGCACGAGGCAAUGGACAACCUCAAGGACCUUUUCUCUCGUUUGCCACAGUACUCAGUUCUGAAGCUGGAGGGUCUUACCCUUGAGAAGUGCAUCGAGUGGCGGAUCAUCCAAGAAGUCGAAAUGAAUGUGCCCUGCGCUUCGGAACGCACGGUCAAACAUUCUGGGUAG